AUGAACCUGUCGCUGGGCUUAGCAACCACUUAUAUUCCGACGCAGGUGCCCCCGCUCACGCCGGGCACCAACAAGAAGAUGACGGAGGCGCUGAAGGCGUCCUUCGCCUCUUGGGAGAAGGAGCAGCUCAGGCUCAACAUCGUCAAAGCGUGUCCCGACACCGUGGGCCAUGGGUUCAUCGAAACGACGUGGGAGGGGGCACCGGGACGCGGCGUCGCCAACCUCCGCGAGUGCCGCUUAACGACGCUUAACGCGCGCUUUGUGCCCCCAUCGGCGCCCAGGGCUGUCCAUCCGCGCGCCCGCGACCUACCGCUCGCCCUGCUCUGCCCUGCCCCUCCCACGCAGAAGGCAGAAGGCUGCCCCGGCUGGCGGCAUCUCGAGGCCCAUCCGGACACCUGCUGGAGUUCGGGGGGAUAA